AAGAACACCCUUACCCUCAAAUACAGUCCCUCUUCCCCCACCUCCUCCGCCAAUGCCAAAUGCUAACCCUAUACUACCUACUAGCAGUGAUGCUGGUCGUAAUAGUCUUAUGGCAGCCAUUCGAUCCACAGGAGGAUUUGGUUCAUUAAAAAAGAGUGGAACACUCAAGAAUGUGUCUCCAAAUGAAAAGAAUGGCUUACAAAAAAGCACUCAUAAAUUCAAUGGCGGUAAUGAUAUGGCAUCUAGUCUGGCAGCUGUUUUAAAUCAACGAAAGACAGCUAUGCAGAGCGAUGAUGAAAAUGAAGAUGAUGAUGAUGAUUGGAAAUAAAGGAACAAGAACAUAUUUGACUGCUAAAAAAUUAUAUAUAAGAUCCGAUU